AAAACAACCACAUUCUAGUGACCAGUAGCUAAAUUUUUAAUUUUUUCUAUGAACCACGUUAAAAAUAAAAAAUAAAAUAUAAAAAUGGCGAGAUCUGUCCUGCUCUCUUUUGUAUUAUUAGCCAUGACUGUGAGAAAGAUAGAACCGUCAUCGGACACUAUGAAGACCAUAACAUCAGGGUUCCUAAAAGUACUUGAGGAAUGCAAACAGGAGCUAAACCUCCAAGGGCACGUGAUAAGUGACUUGUACCACUACUGGAAGGAGGACUACUCCCUCCUGAACCGGGACACAGGCUGCGCCAUCAUUUGUAUGAGCAAGAAAUUGGAUCUAAUCGAUUCAAGUGGGAAACUUCAUCAUGGAAACACUCAGGAGUUUGCCACCAGGCAUGGCGCUGCAAGUGAAGUAGCCUCAAAGCUAGUUGAAAUCCUCCACGCCUGCGAAAAGACCCAUGAAGCCAUAGAGGACGAAUGUAUGAGAGCGCUGGAGAUCGCCAAAUGCUUCCGCACCGACAUACACCAGCUCAACUGGGCGCCGAAGAUGGACGUUAUUAUUACUGAAGUACUUACUGAAAUGUAGUUUUGUAGAGUAAUAAUUAUGUUUUUGUACAACCCACAUGCGAAAUUAAAUAAUUGAUUACUAUAGACUGAGUUGAUCGUCGCAGUUUAUUGAUCAACUUAUGCAAAUAAUUAACACAUGACUCAGCGCUACGUCAUAGCCGAUAACAGAGGUUUACCGGUAUGUAGAGGAAAUUCUUCGUAAAAGUAAAACGACAACCUGUCGUGAUUAGCGCUGAAUGGGUUAAAUAUUGACUUGUCUAGAGUCUGUUCGGAAAGAGAAGAGUCGUGGAAUGUAUUGAGUCCCAUACAUUCCACGACUUCUCUUUCCGCACAAACUCUAUGUAUAAAUACACAAAAUUCUAAAUAUCUUGACAACCGAUAAAAACCUUUUGUAUUAUA